UCCCAAUUCUCUUUCACUUUCAUUUCCUUUUCAACGUAAACUAAAAAACUGUCAUAUAAAAUUUAGAAAAAAAGAAAAAGAAUUCAGAAUUUGCCUCUGAUUCCAGGAAAAAGCUUUCUCCGCCGACCUCCAAAUCAAAUCACUACUCCCAAACACGCCCUUAUUACACGCUUAUGCCCGUUGUUGCUGACCUUACCUACUGUCUCUCUCUCUCUCUCUAGCUUGCUUUUUUUUUUUUUCAAAUUCUAUAUAUUCUUUUUUUCUGUAACCCAUUUCCCAUUCAAAUCUUUUGAACUGUGAAUCGAAUUGCAUGUAAAAGAUUGAUAAACAUUUUGGGGUUUUGAAACAAAUUUUGGGGGGUUGGCUUUUUGAUAAUGAAGAGGGCUAAAUUGGAAAAGUUCGAUACUUUCUUGUCUCUGAGUAGACAAAGAUCGAUUCAGAUUCUGAUCGGUUUGGGACUUUUGUAUAUGCUUCUUGUAACCCUAGAAAUCCCCUUCGUUUUCAACUCUGGGUUCAGUGCCGUGUCACAAGACCCGCUUUCUCGGCCUCCUCGGCUCGAUUCGGAGGAGGAUUUGGAAGAACGCGGAGCCCCAACUCGCCCAAACAAGCUAAUUUCGGCCAACUCGCCGCGCUCGGCUCAGUUCGGGUACAAAAUCGUUUCCGGGUUGGGGUUCGACCCGACUUCGUUUUCGGGUCGCGGGGGUGGGGAUUCGGAGCUUUACAAGUCGGUGAGGGUGGCGUGGGAGAUCGGAGGCAAGGUCUGGGAAGAGGUUCGGGUCGGGAAAGAGGAAACAAAGGAAACCGAGAACCGGGUCUCGGAGCCGUGCCCGAACUCGGUAGCGAUAAACGGGUCGGAGUUUUUGGCCCGGAAUAAAGUGAUGGUUUUGCCUUGUGGAUUAACGUUGGGGUCGUAUGUGAGUUUGGUGGGGAAGCCGAGAGAGGCACAUGCGGAGCAGGACCCAAAGAUUGCGCUUUUGAGAGAUGAGGAAGAGUCGGUGAUGGUUUCGCAGUUCCUAGUUGAGUUACAAGGGUUGAAGACUGUGGAUGGUGAAGACCCACCUCGAGUUUUGCAUUUCAAUCCAAGGUUGAGAGGGGAUUGGAGUGGAAAGCCAGUGAUUGAGCUCAACACUUGCUAUAGGAUGCAGUGGGGUACAGCUUCGAGGUGUGAGGGAUGGAAAUCUAAGGCUGAUGAAGAAACUGUUGAUGGUCAGGUGAAGUGUGAGAAGUGGAUUCGAGAUGAUGACAGCCACUCAGAGGAGUCUAAGGCAACAUGGUGGUUAAAACGGCUAAUAGGCAAAACCAAAAAGGUUACCGUUGACUUGCCAUUCCCAUUUUCAGAGGGAAACCAUUUUGUUCUAACUAUUAGUGCUGGACUGGAGGGUUAUCACGUUGAUGUUGGUGGGAGGCAUAUUACCUCUUUCCCAUAUCGCACUGGAUUUACUCUGGAGGAUGCCACUGGGCUAUCAGUGAGUGGGGAUGUCGAUAUCCACUCUGUGUUUGCUGCCUCUUUACCUUCAUCACAUCCUAGUUUUGCUCCACAGCGACAUCUUGAUUUUUCAAGCAGAUGGAAAGCCCCACCGCUCCCAGAUGAGCAUGUGGAGCUUUUCGUUGGUAUUCUUUCUGCUGGCAACCAUUUUGCUGAGCGAAUGGCUGUAAGGAAGUCUUGGAUGCAGCAUAAUCUUAUCAAGUCUUCAAAUGUGGUGGCUCGUUUUUUUGUAGCACUGCAUGCAAGAAAGGAAGUGAAUUUUGAAUUGAAGAAAGAAGCAGAAUAUUUUGGAGAUAUUGUUAUCGUGCCUUACAUGGAUAACUAUGAUCUCGUUGUGUUGAAAACUGUUGCCAUCUGUGAAUAUGGGGUUCGCACAGUAUCUGCUAAGUAUAUCAUGAAGUGUGAUGAUGACACAUUUGUGAGAGUGGAUGCAGCUUUAAAUGAAGCAAAGAAAGUGUCUGAGGGUAGGAGCUUGUACAUUGGGAACAUAAAUUACUACCAUAAGCCAUUGCGCUAUGGUAAAUGGGCAGUAACAUAUGAGGAGUGGCCAGAAGAAGAUUAUCCACCGUAUGCAAAUGGACCAGGCUAUGUUUUAUCAUCUGACAUUGCACACUUCAUUGUAUCUGAGUUUGAGAAACGCAAAUUAAGGUUGUUUAAAAUGGAAGAUGUGAGUAUGGGAAUGUGGGUGGAACAGUUCAACAGCACCAAACCGGUUGUGUAUCAGCAUAGCUUGAAGUUCUGCCAGUUUGGGUGCAUAGAAGAUUAUUAUACAGCCCAUUACCAGUCUCCAAGGCAGAUGAUCUGCAUGUGGGACAAAUUGCUAUUGCACGGAAAACCUCAGUGCUGCAACAUGAGAUGAUGAUUGUGGUAUGGUCGAUCUUCUUCAGAAUCUGAGAUAGAACAGGGAGAGAAACAAGUUUUGCAGGCAUAGCAUCAUGUAUUUGUAUAUUCUCUGGAGGUUGGGUUAGUUAUCUCUGGCCCUGUACAAAUGCCCUUACAAAUUCAUUCAUUAUUUCGCGGACCUUGUUUCCUUUUUUCUUUUUCUCCCUUCCUUUUUGGGCCCUGAUGUUGGAAGACGAUGAUAUUAGAUGUGCAGGGAAAAUUUUUCACACUGAUCGCAGUCCUGUAAUUUACAUUAGAACCACAGAGAUGGAAAUGAAAUUAGAUUAGAACUUCAUGCU